AUGAGUUCUAGCAAUGCUACUGGAUCAAGUGUUCGUAUUUGUGAUUUUCCACCAGAGUCAAACCAAAUUCUUCCACCUAUUCAAGGAUUUGAAAAAAUGCCUCUGGUUUCACUUGAAAAAUCUGUUGAAUCACUGAAGUCGAUUGUACCGCAACUUGAUCAUAUGGUUUGGACAGUAAUGGAAAGUUAUCAUGAACCAAAAGAUAUGUUGACGAAAGAUGAGUCAGCUUCGAUUAUGCUAUAUACAUUAGAAUGGGCACCUAAAGAAACAUCUUUCUAUUACAUUCUUAACUCAACACUUCGUUCUCAAAAUCGGCGCGAACUAAUACCGUGGUUUCUAUAUCUUCGACUAUUUAUUUUUGCUCUGUCAAAACUGCCAUCGAUUGUGCCGCGGGUUAUUUAUCGAGGAGUCGAAAAGGAUAUGAGAGAAGAAUUUCCAGUGGGAAAGAAAUUUAUUUGGUGGUCAUUUACAUCUUGUACAUCAUCGCUCGAUGUUCUCAACAGUUAUCUGGGUAAAACUGGAAACAGAACUGUUUUUAAUAUCAUUUGCGAUUCAGCUAAAAAUAUUAGUCAGCAUUCAUCUUAUGCGUCCGAAAAUGAAUUUUUAUUAUAUCCUGCUCGACAAUUCCAAGUUAUUUCGUCUUUUGAUGGAGGAAAUGGUCUUCACAUAAUUCAAAUCGAAGAAAUUCAACCUCCAUUUCACCUCAUUCCAAUUCCAAAAGCUGAUUCGCCUACGCCAACAAUUGUUUUCUGCUCAACAAAUUCAAAUCCAGCUGCUUCACCUCCGAACUCAUCAUAUACUUCUUGCAUAUUACCAGGGAAUAGAUAUAAUUCAGAUGAAAGAUCAUUACCUGUUACGAAUCGUACGGCUAUUGACUCUUCUGGAUGCAUUGGCUCACUAUAUGAUGCAUACAAGGAUCUCAUAUUCGGACCAAUAAACUUCAGCAUGAAAGGCAAACAGUGCCAAGAGUUCAAAUCAAAAAAAUGCAUGAUUAUAAAUGGAAAUAGAUAUCAAAAAGAAAAUAUUUUAAAGGCAAUUGGUGUAGAAAAUGAACUGAGAUUGAGUUUAUCAUUGAAUUUAAGAGGGAAAACAGGCUUAGCUGAAAUCCUUAAUUACUCUAAUCCCAUAAAUGAAUAUACUCGCUUCUUCUAUUAUUCUUAUUUGAAUCGAGAAGAAAAAGUUGCAGAUAAUCCAAUAAAGAUCGCAUAUUCGGAUAAACCAACUAAGCCUCCAACUGAUACAACUCAUGUCAUCACUGGAAUUAAAACAGGAAUUGAAAUUAUUGCAGUUUUGCAAUUAACAUCCGAUGCUCAACGAAUCGUAGAAAUUGAUAAUGUUCUUCAGCGACUUCGUACAUUCUUACUUAAUGAUGAUAAAAUUCCUAACUUAACUCAACAGGAAGAAAAUCUAUUAACAAACAGUAUUCACACAAAAAUCUACUCUAAUACACAUGAUUUACGAGAUAUCAAUCGACUUUAUGAUGUUUGCCGAUUGCUGAAACAAGCCCAAAAUAAAACUAUCAACUAUAUCGUAUCUUAUAUACUUCGACCUAUUAAAUGGCUAUAUCCUCUCUACACUGUAACAGAUGUUGAAUUUAUUUCUCUACCUGAACAUCUAAAUAACAAUAUCGAACAGUAUGUGCUUCAGUUAAGAGAUGAUAUACUAAAAUUAGAAAAAUGUAUUAAAGAGGGUCUACUGAAACUGUUGAAUAGAUAUUUGAAAGAUCGAUUAUCUAAUUUGCAACAACAAUGGUUUGUUGUCAACAAGAUGUGUACAAACGAGAUCGAUCGCCUGUCUAAAUUAGUUAUUGAUGUGCGCAGUGGUCGAACUUCAGUUUCAAUAGUCGAACAAACGCUUGAAAGUGAUCAGAAAAUGCAACUCCAACAUAUGAUUCAUGAUCUUAAACAAAAUAUUAAGAAUCUGCAACAGAAAGGAAAUUUCAUCAGUGAUUUAGACAGACUAAAAUUUCAAUAUCUAAACGUCGUGGACUACGGUAUAGACUCAGUUGACAAUGAGAGGACUAUUGAACGUAAGCUGGUGCCGAAUUAUGAAGCAGAUUGUGUUCUGUGUUCUAAUGAUUCUCUGAAUGAAACUAAUCCAAGCCAGUUAGAUCACUUACGGCAUGGUACGAUCGAAGAAUUGAAAUAUAAUCCCAAUAUACGUCUUCUCUAUGCAGAUUUUUCUUAUCGCUCUUUUGAACUACCGUACAUGUUGAAAUUACCAUCAGAUAAGUAUUCCCAACAAAAUAAUAAAUAUAAAUUAACGCCAAAAACCAGAUCAUCCAUGGAAUUGCCUACUAAUACUUCUCAUCAGACAAAACUGUUGACUGAUACAAACAACACUCUUCUGCAACCCUCAAAACUUCAAACUUCUACGACGAUGCCAACAGAAGCAAGAGCUUAUCAGUUAAAACCAUCAAAAUCAGAGAACUCUUAUCAAGCUUCGACCAAACUAUCGC